AUGACCCUCGCGUUGUGGGCUACCUUGGUCGUGCUUACCGGCUCCCUUCUCUACCCUAUCUUUGGCAAGAUUCGUCGUCGUGGAAGGACGGACCGCCCCGACGGACUUUACACUAUUUCCGAGCCUAAGCAAGUCGCUUUCGAGAUUGUCGCCGUCCACGGCCUUGGGGCACAUCCAGGAUACACCUGGACAAGUGCCCCUUCGAGCUCUACCGACUCGGAAGUCGGAAACCGCGUCCACCUGCUGAGAGAUCUCUUCAAACAUGACUUCCCCAACGCAAGAAUCCUGGCCUUUGCACACAACUCCGACUGGUUGAUCGGUGCCCCGGUCAAGUCAGCGCAGCAGAUCGGCGACCGAUUGCUAAAAGAGUUAAGGCCACAGUGCGUUCCAAUCGUCUUCAUCGGCCACAGCUUCGGGGGCAUCGUCAUAAAAGAGGCCUUGUGCAAUCCCGAGGACGCCACGCGAGACGUCGUCGACAGCACUUGCGGCAUCAUUUUCCUCGGGACCCCUCACCAAGGGUCACCUGUAUCGCGUCUCGGGACCGUUGCAGCCCGUGUGACCGGCUUUUUAGGGUCCAGCACCGGGCUGCUCCUCUCCCUGAUGAGUUAUCGGGAACAACUCUCCGACUUAGACGUUCGUUUUGUUCAGUGCAUGAGGGAGAAAGAGAGUCGACGACAGAAGGCCGAGAUCGUAGCUUUCUGCGAAACAAAACCCACACGCGUGCUGGGAUGGCUAUCUGUCGGCCUGAUUGUCCCCACGGACUCGGCCCGAGGCGGCCAUGCUGCUUUAAUUGUCUUUAUCGAUACAGACCACUCUGGGCUGAACAAGUGCGAGAAGCGGACCUCCGUCGACAGCUACAUAGGCUCAGACCACGCACCGGCUGACCGCGAUAGAACAACCACCCCGACAUUGAACGGCAACCUGAAGUUUGUCGUCGGCAAACUACGCACCGUGGAAGGCGCCGCAUUCAACUCCCAUGCGAAUGAACACGUCGCGACUUGCCUCGAAAACACGCGCCGUGAGCUGCUCGAGGAGAUCAACCAAUGGGCCGACGGCCCAAUGACUCGCGAGCAUAUAUACUGGCUUCAAGGGAAGGCCGGCACCGGCAAGUCAACAAUAGCUCGUACCGUGGCCCGUAACCUUGCCGCCCGGGAUCGUCUCGCGGCCAGCUUCUUCUUUAAGCGGGAUGAAUCCGAUCGCGGUACCGCCCGACAAUUUUCACGACUAUUGUGUGACACAGAUAGCAUGGACAGAAACAAGCAGGAUAUGACACAUCCAGCCAAAGCCUUAUUCGUAUUGCUGAUGCUCGCCUAUUCGGCAGGGCCGCAAGGGAGGAGUAUAGACACAGAAGAAAUCGGAUUUGGGUCUCUGUCGAAGCAUGUCGUACAAUAA